AUGGCCGUUAAAUUUGAAAGCAGCGACCGAGAGGGAAUCCUGACGUUGCGUCACAACUCUCUCGUCCCCCUCCCGGCAACUCGAGGAUGCUCUCUGGCGGAAAUCCAAUGCGACAACGGAAGAUGUGUUUCAUCAAACAAAUUCUGUGACGGUUCGGACGACUGUGGAGAUGGGAGCGACGAGCCCAUAUCGUGCACGAAUUGCAACCGGACCUACUACGGGAACGUAUCGAACAAGUAUACGCUGCGGAUUACGGAGCCCUUCCAGCGGCACCUGUCGUUCGUCUGUCGGAUUAAUUUCGUCGCAGCAGGGGACCAAUAUGGAGAUCUGGUCGAGAUCACGUUUCUAAAUUUCCAAGUGGGCUACAGCCAUCAACAAGGGAACGCGAGCUCGAGCUGCCUACAGGGCAGCAUGGUCCUCGACGAAGACAUGGGCAACGUCCACCCCGCACGGCGGACUUGGAAACGGCGCCACAUAGUCUAUCCGCAUCCGAACCCCUACGACGACCCUCAGCCACUAAUGCAACACCAUCAUCACUACGAGUCGUCCGCUGCGGCUGCCGCUCCCGAGACGCCUCAGUUCAACAGUCACGUUAGAUUCGGUAGCUUCUGCGGAAACCUAGUCGGUAGAAGCGCUGUCUUCUACAGCAUCGGACGGAAUGUCAGCAUGACGGUGACGUUUCCGUCGCUCGCCUCGUCCAUGUCCGGUGUAUUUCUGACGUACAGGUUUCUUCGAAGAAACUACCUCAAUAGCCACUAUCUGAAAGCGGAGAGCCCGGGCGCCUACUACGGCGAGCUAGUCGCUGGCACCUACUGCGACCGAGUGUUCACGAAUUGCUCGAAGCGCCAGUGCAAGAUUAGAACUCCGGGUUUUCCGGGCUUCUACCUCAGAAACGUCACAUGCAACUACUACAUAAAGGAGAACUACAAUGGCCGCGCUAGUGACAAGGUUCCUCAAAUUCAUCUUUCGCAACGCAAUGAGUAUAAAGUACGCAUCUAUUCAGGCAUCGCCUCCUCGGCGACCGCGGCCGGCUUCACUCCGGGCACUCUGACCUCCGAUUGUUCGGCCGGAGACGUUGUCAAGGUCUACGACGGGAACAUCAGCGACAGCAAUGAUCGAGUGGUUCUGCAGGAAUUCUGCGGGUCGGGAGCUCUCCCGGCGGUGGUUUCGUCGGGUCCCGCGAUGACCGUGCAGCUCGUCAGCGCUCCCCAUCAGCAGCUCGUCGAAACACACAUGGAGCUCGACGUCGGCGUAAAAUACGUGGCUCGCAACGAACUGCGAGUGACCGACGGUCAAUGCAAAUUCGUCAUCGAGAGCAGCGAUCAGCGGUCGGGUGAGGUCUACGCUCCCAAACACACCCUUGCCGCCGGAACCACCUGCACGUAUUUAUUCAAGGGACGCUCCCACAACGACAAGCUGUGGAUUUAUUUCACCAGUUACUACGCUCCGGACCGCCAGCCGUGGAUCUCUGAGGAGAAAUGUGAUUCGUCUCGUUUGGAAAUGUUCGACGGACCUGGAAACUACUCGACGUCGGUCGGAAUGUUCUGCGAAAAGACCUCGCCGAAGGUCUGCAGCCACGCGCACGAUUUCCUCCACCUCAUCCCGCAGCGACCCUGCAAACGCGACGGGGAGAGCUACCUGUCGAGCGGUAGCGACCUCACGCUGACCUACAGCAUUUUCAAGAAUACCGAAUUGACAACGAGCGGACUCCCAACAUGGUCGGCGCGUUUUGAGUUCAUCGACAACACAAUGUUCGGAUCGCCGGUGGGCAACACCGUGGACCACGAGCCGAACUGCGAAGGCUGCGUCGACGAGCGACCUUCGUGCGAUCGCGAGUUCUUCUCAUUGGAACGCUCGCAGGAAAUUCCCAAUCGUCCCACCGGACUCCAGCGCGGCCGCUUCGCGUCCCCGAAGAACGUUUUCUAUUUCGGUCGCGGAGGAACUUCAGACCUGUCCUGCACGACCACGUUUUACGGCUCGGCCAACGAGCGGGUCCGAAUUAAGAUCGAACGUCUCGCGUUGAAAACCGAGACGAGAUGCAGUACGCAGUUCGAUAAGAACCAGGCCCGAUACGUCUGCAGCCAUCGGACCCAGAUCAAUUCGGCCUACAACCGACGUCGCUCAGCCGAAGUCAAAGUCGUAGAAACGUGGCGCGGUCUCACGAUCCCGGCCGGCUGUGUUUGCUCGUCGAACACCUCGCUGCCAUUCGAGCUCACGUCCGUCGGAUCUUCCGUAUCGGUGACGUUCUCUGUUAGCGGGAUGUCCCCGACGGAAGACUUCACGGAUUUUCAUUUUGAGGGGAGUUUCGAGUUUUUGCCGACGACAGACUGCGGCGUCACGGAAGUCCUCUCGGGCAAUGUCGGCACGGCUUUCCUCACCGGCGGCACGGGAAGCCAGCCCAACAUGCCGAUGCACAUCAGGAGCAACAGUUACCGACCGAAUAUCCAACGGUGUCGGUGGCUGAUCCAGGCCAAUCCGAGGAAGUACCUCUACCUCCGAAUCAACGGGGGAAAGGAGCGAGCCGAAUGCCCUACCGAGGACCGCUUGCUCAUGUAUUCGGGUGAUCAGUUUCAACACAUGAGUCAAGUGUGCGCGAGCCUGGUACAGGGCGCGCACACGGCCGACUCGGAGGAGGAGAUUGCUCCGGAGCCACAAGUGGAGUUCUUCAGUCCGCUCUGGGACGCCGAGGAGCGCCCGAGCAGCUCCCGGGAGCAAAUUUUGCUAGAAACGCUGUGCAGUGGCUCAACGGACACCUCGUUCCAAGUGAACUGGAUCGAGGUCUCGAAACCGUUCGUGCGGACCGCCGACGGUCUCCAGGAACGCAACGAGGACUGCGUUCACGAAUGUCCCGAGCUGGGAGCGUGCAUUCCUCCCGAGCUGUGGUGCGACGGUACCCCGCACUGUCCCGCAGGCGGGGACGAGCGGGAAGAGUUCUGUCGACGGUUCCCGUUCCUUGCGAUCGGCCUUUUCGUGGGCCUGAUAUUGACCACCAUCAUGGGGGUUACGGGCGUGCUCGUCGUUCGGAAAAUCUGCGCUUUCGAUAGCGACAAGCCGAUCUCGAAGAACAAUCCGCAAGAGAACCCCGGUCAACAACCAGUGGACGUCCUCAUGAACACGUUACCGCCGCUUCCCGAGCGGCAGUGUUCGCUGCCGUCGACAGGAAAUAACGGGACGACGAUCAAAGACGUUCACGAUCUGACCGCGCUUCCAGACGACCUCGCUCUAGAUCCGGGAGCACCACAGGUGAUGCUCCCGAUGCCGGGCAUGCACCCGAUGAACCCAUACGGUUAUCUUCCAGGGCGGGACAGCAUGGUGGCUAUAAAUCCGCAAGGUUAUCACACGUAUCGCCAACACCAGCAACACCCUCAGAUAGUAUUGAUACAAGAGCCUCAUUGUUGA